GAAAUAAGUCAAAGAAGGUGACUCAUGUGAAUUCACUCGUGUGUGGAAUUGAAGAAACAAAACAAAUGAACACAGGUGGAAAAAAGAGACAACCGAGAAGCUGACUCUAGAGAACAAACUGGUGGAUACCAGAAGGGUGGUGGGAGGGUUUCCCACCUGAGUGAGGAGAGCCCCUCCCCGUUUCCUACAGGUGAUGGAGGGAAUCUGCAGGCUGGGCUUGGGCUCCUUAUAGGUCAGGCUCUAGUAUAUUCCAACUAAGAAUAUUCCCUGGCUCAUCUCUGUCUGUCUCUGGUUUUUCUGGUGCAGGCCAAUCCCAGACCAAGUCGUGGAGACCUGAUUGAGACUUUUCCCACUGGCUUUCAAUCCCUGGUCGUCUAUGUGAGAUAUGGCUAUGUGGUUCAUGUGGCUCCUUUGGGUGACACGGAAGGGGCAGCGUCAUGUCCACCCUGACCGAGAAGGCCGUGGUGAAGAAGGAGCUGUUGUACGAUGUGGUCGGGAGAGACAAGUACCAGAUUAAUAACAAACACGAUGACAAGUACUCGCCGCUGCCUCCCAGCAAAAUCGUCCAGCGGGCGGAGGAGCCGGUGGGGCAGGAGUUGCCCUAUUCGCUGCCCUGUGAGAACCGCGAGCACUUUGUGAACGAGCUGCGCUACGGGGUGGCCCGCAGUGACCGGAGUGGGAGGAGGCCUCUGGUGACAGAGGGACAUGCACAAGGAGAAGCCUUACCUUCCAGAAAUGAGGAUCCUCACCCAGAGCAGGCUGUUAACUGAGGGCGCUGCUCCUGGCUGGGGGCAGAGUGGGAAAGCUGUGUGGUGCCCAGCACUGACCCUGUGAUGGGCUCUCUCUCCUUUGGGCUGAGGAGGGUAGGCUUGCCUCUGUCCAGGAGGAAUGGCAGGGGGUGGUGAGGUGGGGAAUGUGGAGGUGCGGAGGGGUGGCUCCCAGUCAUUGUCUAGAAGCCUGUCCCAAGACUGUGAUAAGCCUCAACAGUCAAUCUGGAAGACCCCGACUUUUUGAGAGAGCUUGUCCCUCAGCUGUUCUUCUGGGAGGUGAGAAAUCAAGAGGGCAGGAGGGACCCAGGCGUGGUGAGCCACUUCUUUUAUUUGGUUUGUCCCUUACUCUGGUGCCUCUCUUUCCGAACUCCUUCCCCUGAAGAUGGCUCAUUAACUUGCCUUUCUUUCUCCUUCUCACUCCUGAUUCUGCCUCUGGAGACUCUGCUCUCUAUCUCUGAGAGUGGGGGCUUGUGAGACCCGGCAGCACUUGCAGCCUAGGGUGAGUGCAUCCAAAUGUCACCCCAGGAGACAAGCAGAGUCUCGUGGGGCUUCUUGCCACAUGAGGCCAGGUGCUCAAGCUGACUCCAGCUCCCCAGAAUACCUGCCUGAAAAAGCUCAGCGCUGCCAGGAGAAUCUACCGUCUAUUCCAGCCAACAUCUGACCAUAGGCCCCUGACCUCCCUUUCUUCCAGCAUUUCCUAAAAAGGGCUUACGAUUAGGAAUCCGUCCUCCGCCUGGGAGACACGUAUGUAUCUCUUACAACUGAGAUGUGUCUGUCUCGAGGACCUGGAAGCUAUUUCUUUGAAUAUAAUCAUCAGGAAGAACAGAGCCUCUGUCUCCCAGUCUCUGGAGGAGGGUAGGAUCCCACCUUCCGUACCUGCCAGGUAGGGGACUGCGCUGGCCUCAGGCCCGGACCCUGCCCCACCCUUGGCCAUGCUGGCGCCUCCCCUCUUGAGCACCUGCUCACCUCUCCCUCCUGCUUGCUGGGAAACGCCCAGUCGCCUCUGUGCCCAUCGGACUGGCUGAAUACCAUCUGUCCUCACUGCUUUUACUACCAUGUGGCUUGGACCCUUGGGAAAGUUUCUGCGUGUGUCUGAAUGAAGCAGUUCUCCUUCCCCAAUCAUCACAAGGUUCAAAUUCAUAGAUAAGUCACAGAAAUCUGCUCUUUGGUGGCUGUUUUGACCAUUUGCUCCCCUGGCUGUGAAGGGCUGAGUGUGUUCACUAGCACUACGGGUCGGGCGGUCCCGGGCCCCGUCACUUGCCAGCCCUGUGAACUACUUCUGCUGCCCACCCUGUCAUCUCCACAAAAUGGGAAGGGACCAGGAAUAGAAACAGGGUUGCGGGCAGAUUAAGAAAGCUAGAGUGCCUGCAAAGUCCCUCGACCCCUGGAAAGCAGCCAGUCCCCCACUUCGCUGUCCCCUUCCGCCUCUAGUCUCCUCUGCCCUGCUUUCCAGGUCACAGAGGCGGGGGCAGGGCCGGGCCCCCAGGCUCACAGCAGUUGUUCCCUGUCCACCCAUCCUCAGGCAUCAUCCUCUCGGCUCCACCUCAUCAUCCGGUGUUUCCAGAGGAUCUGCCUCCUUUCCCAGAGCCCUUUUCCCCUCAGUGCACAAGUGAGAUAAGCUUAUUUCAUAAAAGCAGAGCCUCAGUGCUACUCAGUGUCAAGACAGUUGUUCAGCAGGUGAACCGUGAACACCUGCUAUGUGCUUGCAGGUAGGCUGCGCACCUGGGGCAGCGAAGGCAAGCCAGGAGAGCUCCGGCCCUCAAGCCCUGGAGAGUGGCAGCGUCACAGGGCCACCAUCCCCAGCUUCACAGUUGCUUCAAGGCUUGGGGCUGGCCAGUCCUGACCUAGAACACUCACCCCUGGCCCUCUGGCCUUUCCGCAGCCACCGCUGGGGCUUUCCCAUGCUGUCCAUACCACAGGACCAUGAGCUCUACUCCCUGGAGUGUCCACACCUAUAGCUCCUUCCUCCUCUCAUCAUUUCCUCACCAGGCACCUCCCGCCCUCUUGGAUCCCCCUUCCCUGCUCCUAUUUGUUCUGCCUGCGGUUCCAUUGAGAGGACCAAUGCCAGAUGCGUCUUUCCGGAGCUGAGGGUUCUUUUUUUUUUUUUUUUUUUUCAGAUUUUAUUUAUUUAUUUGACAGAGAGAGAGAGAAAGAGAGAGCAGAAGCAGGGGGAGUGGCAGGCAGAGGGUGAGGGAGAAGCAGACUUCCUGCUGAGCAGGGAGCCAGACAUAGGGCUCCAUCCCAGGUCCCAAAGACCAUAACCCAAGCUGAAGGCAGAUACCAACUGAGCCACCCAGGCACCCCCUGAGCUGAGGGUUCCUGGUGUGUGUUUCUGUGGUCAGACCCCUUUCUCUUCUGCUGCAGAUUGCUGAGGCGGCCCUCGCAGACAAGUGAUGACAGUAGCUCUCCUGGCUGCUGUGUUGUUCGUCCGGCCUCAGCUGGCCAGAAGCCAGUGGAAGAAGCAUUAAGUUCAACGAACUGUCCUGAUGGCAACAAGUUAGUGCGGAGAAAUGUUGCUUGGCCAGCAGGCGUGGAAUUUGGUUGAUUGUUUUCAUUCUGUUUUGUGAUCAUUGAGGCUAAUUUCAACCAAGCUAAAUACAAGCACAGGAAAAUUUUAUUUGGGAAUAAAUGUAAAUUCAUUUAGUUGGAGAAAUAAAAACCUCACGCGAAUUCAUUAAAUCUUGGGCAGCCCGGGUGGCUCAGCGGUUUAGCGCCGCCUUCUGCCCAGAGCGUGAUCCUGGAGACCCAGGAUCGAGUCCCACGUUGGGCUCCCUGCGUGGAGCCUGCUUCUCCCUCUGCC